AUGGGACCCGAUCGCGUCUUCAAGUUCGACGAGAUCGAAAUCCUUCUGGAGCUGACACCUGUGUGAGUCAGAAGCUGCUGAAAUCACAGAAAACUGGCCUGUUGUUCAUUAGCCUCCUCAACCAUCCCUGUUUUCCCUAUCGAGUACUCGAUCGUUGUUCGGACUGAGCACUUGGUCACAGGGGAGUGUGCGUAACCAAUGCCUUCGGUGGCAGUACUAGGAAGGCAAAUGGCCGGCUAAUUAACUCGCCCCUCAUCCCCCCCACACACAUGAUGAACAUUGACAUUAACAAUUGUAAUGUGGGUAAUGAACGUAGGGGGGGGGGUGUUACAUUUAGGCAGAGUAACAUUACCGAAGAAGACAAGGGAACACCUGGGGCUCGAUCCCGCGACCUGUUGGUUAUAAGUCCAACGUCCCAAGCCACUAAGCCACGGGCUUGUUGUCCUGUUGGUUACGAUCAGGAAUAUUCACUGGUAGAGGGGCGCUCACCGAUCUUGUUGCGGAACCCACUCGUCCCGUUCUGGGUGUUCCACACCUCGGGGUUGGGUAGGACUAACUGACGACGGCUAGUUAAUCAGAAAUCGCCAUUAAUUUCUUCCUUGUCUUUGUUGGUAAGGUUUCUCUGCCCAUAUUAGGCGCCGCUGUGCGGCUGCUGGUUGGGGUCCAGAGAGAGCCCCAGGGCGCAACAGGACAACUGAAUUCCGUAAAACGAUCGAUGAACGUCCCUCUACCGACGCUACAUUUAGUAAUUGGGAAGAGAAAUGGUUACUGUAUUCUAUAAAUACUGCACUAUGUGUGCGCUCGCUGUUUUUAUCUUUUGUUGCCAGUGACGAUGAAUUGAAGGCAAGAGUAAAUCCGGUUUAUGUUCCUGCAGCUGACUUUUCUCAUUCAACUUCUUCCCCUUAUCUUCUCGUGAUACAACCAAAUCGCCCUUUCAUAUAUAUCAGUCGUUGCGUAAUAGCUGAUGGCUGUGAACUGGCUUUGUGUGUCGCUCUCAUUUGCUGCAGUUUGGCAGCUGCUAUAUUAAUACUUCCUGUGCAAGUUUUCUAGAUUUGCGCCUACAAAUGUCGGUUCACGACCUCGUGGGCGUAAGCUAGCUGUAGAAAUAGAUGACCUAAGGCACCUAGCAGUUGCUUCCACCUUAGAGUCAAGCUAUGAGGUCAGUUUCGCGAGCGCAAGCUCAUGUACAGGCAGAACAAAAAGUUCAUAGCGUCCCGACUGUCGCGAGCUCUGAUGUCCCGCAUAGCAGGCGCAGCAUCAGCGACUUGUUCGUGGAUUAGUUUAUACUGAGGCGGACUUGUCGGUAUGGUAUGGUCGACAAGACAGUGGUUCGCAAAUCAGAAGUCAGGGAAGACGGAUUGAGAUGGAAAACUUUUACUACUAAGGAUGUGUAUACACAAGGACUCUGCAAGCUGUCUCCGUGAGCGGCCUCUCCAGGCAAGUUGUGUUUGUGUCCGUCGUUGAGGUGCCUAGACUCUAGAGCGUGUGUACGCCUUUCGCUUCGUCUCAGUGUCCGCCAGCCAAUCAGAGAAGGGGAAGGAUUGACUGGCCUCAAGCACUCUCCAGGCUAGUGACAAGCCUCGCGUGUUCCAACAGCGGAUCGACAGGGAGUGUGAGGCGGACGGGAGGGCAGCGUGACAAAGCAGCGGAGAACAAGGAGGCGCGGACCGCUACAGACUUGCACAGCGUCUGCGGUGCGCUAUCUUCCCUCACUCGCCAAGCCCCGAUGGCAAGUCGACUAGAGGCGGACUCGGGGGCAGUGGGCUGACAAAGCCAGACAGCCCCUCUACGCGUGCCCCACGCGACCUGGUUCCCACCACAUGCGGCACAAUUCUGUAAGUGUUCUUCGGGUCCUACGUCAGGCCACAUUAGGACGGAACCAUUGGGCCUGGCUCUCAGCCCCCCAGUCAGUCACUCUGCAUACACACAGUACUGAUCACGAAGACCAAGUUAACCAGCAAAGACACUGUAUGUAGAAUGUUCGUCAAGUCUACCGCGGUGUGGAGUGCACUCAUACGUCGUAGGGAUGGAUUCUCCGGUACUGAGCCCGCUGCAGGCAAGUUCUGAAGGCCUAGAUCUCGAAGCACGGUUCAGUAAACCAGUCUGUUUAUUUGUCCCUUGUCUACCAUGUCUCCCGAUCUUACAACCAGAUAGCAUGGCACCCUUUUGGCCAAUCAUGUAUGUAUGUGUGUGAUGCAAUACUGAGACGCUGCGAGCAACGAUAACUUCUCAAUUGCCUGCUUCGUAGCCUUUAAAGUUGCCCUAACAUCCGUAACCGAUGGGUUACAAGAACAAACGUUUCCUCCUGCUUUAACUUGAAAACAACACUUUCGUCUUCUUUUUUCUUCUCUGCAAAAUGUCCGAACAGUGCUACAUUUUAUUGUCUUGGGACUCGCUAGCUGCUGAUAGUGACUACGUCCCCCUAUAUCAGCAGUCUUUAUCACAAAUGCAUAGUUACAGCGCUAGCCAAGCGAUCUAAUCCUGAAAUGACAUACCCAAGAACGCUGAACUUGCUGUUAAAGGCACUUCAGGCAUUUGGAUAUCUUCGAAUUUUCACAAUCAGAUCUCCUCGUCACUUUAGCCCGAACCGUUUUUAUGCCGUUCCCUCGGCUUGGGGGAGGGUGGUGAUUGUGCCUUUGGGAGUGUUUACCAAAAUGCCGGACGCGUACGCAAUCUUCGAGGUGUUCGUCGACUUGCCCAACGUACCGAUGCUAUUCACAGGGCAUACAAACUGUAGUUUUUCGACAGGUAAGCGGUCUUCCUUCCGGCAAACAGCCCUUGAAGGGUAAUAAAUGUGCGCGAUCCGUUAAGGGCUGCGUUGAUGGAGGGUCGUAGUCCAAGCUAUAGGUUGAGACUCUGAGAAGGAAUGUCGUCUCGGACUAACUUGCCAUCCAAAGCCCUAGCCGGCUGUAAGGGACCUUGCCCCCAUCCAGAAGAGUUAGUCUUUUUGAUGGCAUGCAGAUAACGGCAAGCUCUUUGCAGAACUGCCCCUCGGGCACUUCCAUACUUCUGUUCAAGCAGUCUCGGCCUCCGCAUUGGAGACCGCAUUGAGACUACACAAGCCUCGAUCCACGUUAUUGCACCAGCAUGUAUUAAAGAACUAGCAAUGAUAAUACUAAUCACAAUAUCAGUGAUGCCAAGGAUGCCAAUGAAGGCGCCUAUGAAUCUCACUUAGAGACGGUCGGUUAUAUCACAAGUAGUGAAAAUUCGAUUACCAGAUGCCACGUCAAAAUAAAGAGAUGCGUUCAUUUGGAGGGUUUCAGUUUUGUCCUGGAGUUUCAAGUAGUGAGUCCAGUUACCCAUCUUCAGUGACUGGAAAUUCCUGUGCAGAGCUCUCAUUGUAUGGCGCAUCUAGCCAGAUGUGCAGGUUGCCAAUGCCGACUCCCACACUCCCGCUGGGUUUGAGAAACAACCGACGAGAUGGAGACGCAACUCCAUGAGAGACUUUGUUCUAACUUCCACUUCCGGUGACGUUCACGAGAUAAUGUUAAAGUUCAGUCUCACUUCAUACUGGACAGCAAACUGGUCGAACUGGGCUAACAAAAUGAAAUCUGUGGCAGGUUCUGUAUCUUUGUGCAUCGAAGGCAGUGAUCGACGGUUUAUUUUUCAUACACAAAAUGCCUUUCUACCCGGAGGAGGGAGGGGAGACUGAAUCCGUACCGGUCGCCCCCCCCCCCCUUAGGGAAAUCGGUCUAAGAAAUCCUCUCCAAAGUAAUGCCUCAGAUCAAAGAGCAACAGAAAUUAAGUACAGAUGCUAGUAAUUAGCACGGGAUUACUAACUUCCGGCCUUCAUAAGCACACCAGACCCAGAAUAAUCUUUAUCAUUUUUUGGAAAUCUUAUUGAAGCUUGUGAAUAAAUUGUCCCUGAGGUCGGCAUCGAUGGACUAGGAGAUGCCAUGUGCAAAAAUUCCAUGACGAGGCAAGGACCAGUCGAAAUCACAUGAACAAUAUGCUGUAAUUUAUCAAGCUCACUUUGUCCCCGCAAUUAGGUAAGACCUCAAGAAGAUUUUCGCCACAAAUAAAUGGAUGUAAAUCGGCGGCGUGAUGAAGAGACCAACUAUAAUCUGAUUUUGCCAUGAAAGAAAGCAAAAAUUCCAAUUUAACGGACACGCAGAUAAUAGAACGGGAAACGGCUGCUUGAGAUCUGGAUUCCUGAAAAGACCCCCAUAAACCUCCGCGCCUAACUCCCCCCCCCCCUCUUACUUGUGUUGCGUUAUCACAGGCGCCACCCAGCUGCUAGACAGCCUGACAUGUGAUGGAGGUGCAGUGAAAUGUUUAAAUCGCUGAUGGAGCAGUUUUACUAACCAAGACAAGGAAAAAUGAUAAUCGUCAUGUCCGGCUUAUCUUCAGUCGUCGACUGCCCGGGAAAACAGAGGUGGGAUUGAUUGAGGACAGCGAACAGACCGGAAAUGGUCAUUCAAGUUUGCCAUGUCCUGGCUUGUAAUACUCCUCCACCAGUUGUUGGCAUUUUUAGUGAAGCCUUUUCAAGGAGCGAACAAUACGGUGUCAAUCAGGUAGAAAGCCAAAAAAUCAUGUUUACGCAAGAUGACUCUGAAUGCAACCCCGCACAGUAUAAGAAGUAGCCAAUAAAUCGCCGCGCAACCCCCUAAAGAAAGUGCUGCCCGCAUUAGGGGAUCAGGUAACUGACCCGGAAACAGAAUGACUGGGUAUGGCUGUCAAGACCCCAUCCAUUAAAGGUGGACUCGCGUCAGAGUGCUGAGGGAAGAGGUGUAUGUAUUCGUAUACUAUCCCCAUUUAUUAAUAUCACCUGGCCAGAAACUUCCAUGCGGGCUAAGAAGAUUAGGAAGGCAAGCUCAGCAACCGAGGAUGGACCUUUCUUCUUCAUGUUAGAAAGAGCCAGCGGUCUGAGCCCAUGGAUUUUAAAUAUACUGGUCUACUCCAACUUCGUAGAUAAUUUCUGAGUAAGUUAAAAAGCGACAAUGCCUAGAUUGGGGUAUCUACCAGAAAGCAGACAGGGAAUGCCGGGGGGAGACCCACUGGCGAGCCGAACCUCUCGCAGGUGCGCCAGGCAGCGGCAGAGUGCCGGCGAAACACGCGUGUAUGCGCUUUUGGCUAGUACCUGUGCUGUUAGUAUGGUAUCACUUUGUCCUAAAGUCACAUUUUCACAUUUUACUCGGAGUGGCAUCACGGUUUGGUCCGUGACAGCCGAGCUGGCGGGCAGACGCAGGGUGUGCAUCACCGGUUCUUUUGUGCAGCGAUGCACCCUGAGUUCACUGGGUACACACCUAUGCUACCCAAAGAAGAAGUAUCCUUAUGAGUGCUUGCAAUGGUGCGUCCUGAGCAGAAGCCCGGCUGGUAGAGUUGAAAGAUUAUGGUAACCAUGGAGAAUACAAAUUAAAAAGGCAGUACGUAGAGAUGUAAUCAAAGCCGUGUACAAGUCGAUAUGGGUAGAUUUUAUUUUCGGCAAAAAGGCCUAGGGAGAGAAAGAGAGAGUGAGAGAAAUUCGCUUUAUUUUCGAAGAAUAGGUUCAGAAAUUUCAGCAAAAGGGGGGCAUUAUCUGUGGACAUAAUAUAGGUUGACAAAUUACUCAAGAAUUAGAAAGGUUUACACAAAAAGGGGCAACUGCUACGGGGAAAUUUCGAGUCCUAGUUUCUGUAUUCCAGUCUUUUCACAUAUGCCCGCAAUGGUAACACAGAACGCUGAUGCGGCAAGGGAGGGAGUGAUUGUCGAAGGGGUGAUUUUUUCUGAUCGUACCUGCCUUUGUGUGACUUGUACCGUUCCUACCAGUUAAGCAGUCGCCGACCCAAGCAGGCGGUAAUUUGUUUUGCGAUUUAAACAGGAGAUAUUGGACGCGAUAAAUUCUGACCUACUCUGUGACGCAAGCAAGGAAAAAGGCGGCUGAGCCCUGUGAAGGAGGGAAAUUCAGGAGAACUGAGUGGAUGCACGGCCGCUCACUGUCGCAUUCCAGCCCUCAUGGCUUGGCCGUCCAAUCGAUGGGGAUGUCAGACCACAUGUCUCUCACGCUUGAUACUCUUAAAUCACUGCUGCAAUACGCGAUGCUACAACAUGCGAGGUCUUGUUCCCCCACCCCCCCCCCCCAAGUUCACACGAUAUUUCGUUCGCGUCAAUCCGGACGGGAGGGAAGGGAGAGCGGGAGGGAGUUUCGGCGGAACGUAACUUUUGGCCGAUAGCAGACCUGAUUAUUUGCAUAAAUUCGAGCUCAUCAACAGUAAAUUAGCAAUGGAGGGGAGGGGGUGAGAGAGAGGAGGGCGCUGAGAGGCUAAUUUACUUUGAGCUAAUAAGCUUGAGCUCGGAUUUCACAGACGGGGUCUCAGUGCCGCCUCAGUGCCUAACCAGAAGACGGAGGAAGCAUCACGCAGUGAUGGGACUGUGUUCUGGCAUCUUUUAUGCCUACGCUCGAGAAGCGGUGGCGAAUUGUUCCCUACAUAGUCCGCAAUUCGGUUUUCAGAGAGAGAGAGAGAGAGAGAGAGAGAGAGGGAGGGAGGCGAAUUCGAUUUAUUUUGGAAUAAUAAAGGUAAGAGGUGGCUUGGUAGCCCCACCUGAUGGACACAAUACUGUUGGGGUUGGGGUUAGGAGUUAGCGCAACUAAUUCUCAACCAUUUAAUUCACAACUGCGCAUUCCCAAUAGCUUUUAUUUUGCGUACAAAUACUUGACCUCGUCGCCUAUUACCACCGGUCCCGAAUCACAAGUGGCUGGGAUUUGUUUACUUCAGGUGGGGCUACAUAACCGCAUCCGACCAUAAUAAAUUCAAGAUUUUCGUCAGAAAAUAGGCUCCAUCCACAGUGGACAGAAAAUGAAUCAAAUAAAGUACUCAUGAGUCAAGAAUUUUUACACAAAAAGGAACGCCGACUAAGAGGACAGUUCGAGUCCUGGCUUCAGUAUUUCUGUCUCUUCACACGUAAGAUAUCGCGUCAGAAAUGGCAACUCAGAAUGUUGAUAUACUGGUGUACGACAAGAGAUAAGUCUAAAGCCACGGCACAUGGGGCGGGAAGACUUCGCAAGGAUGGGGACCGUCAUCCAGAAUUCGACCAGCAAACUGCCUGACCGUUUUAAAUGUCCUUGAAUGAUAAUAUUGACUAAAAAGACAUAAGAAACACCGGCAGCAGAAGAGAACAUUCGGAGGGCUUGCCUUAAGAUUAACAUAUCUUUGUUGAGCAAUGCAGAAAAAAUGACGGGUCACACGGUCAGUAGUACUCAGGGGGGUGUGGGGUGGAACGCCAAGGUGCGGGCCCAUAUACACCAUCCGACUGCGCCCCCCGUCCCCGAUCUUCUUGAAUUCGUCUUGACACCGGGCCCAGAUGGUGGAGGAGGAUAGAGUGCGGUAGGUGCUGCGCAAGUCUAAAUGCACUGUAAACUAAAUCACCUGCUUCACCUUGCUGUGAAGCACACGGUGAACGUAGUCAGCAACGACGGUCGAACUAUCAGUACCCCAGAAAUUUCGAAAACACCCAGAAAAACUGAAAUAGCGGGCUUAUGAACAAUGUUCCUAGGUUAUUGUAUCCGAAAAUAAAUAUUACUGUCGGUCCGUUUUUAAAAUGGUCUUUUCUUCACUUUAUCCAAAGCGCUUGACGAAUCACGGAGCGCAGUGCUAGUGGUUGGAUUCUACAUCUCCUGGGUUCCCAAUCUUCUCGAAAUCAUCUAACUGUUCCUAAAGAGAGCUUUUGCAUAACCGUAGCCAACGAAGGAGCUCUUUCUUAGGCCAAAGGGACAAAGACGAAGCCGGAGAGUCCUGACUAAGGAUGAGUGUCUUACAUUUUUUAAACAGACCCGCACGUCGUCUCUACAUGCGAGAGGACUUUGCGAGGGCCGUUGGCACGCAGGACUGAUGACAGAGUAACGACGUCACGCAAGCAGACAGCGGAGUGUUCAAACAGAAGUUCUCUUCUGUUCAGUCAUUUGUCUUGCCACCAGCGAAACCCCCCACAACGACUUGACUAUAUACCAAAGCGAUAUAAACAAAGCAUAAGAUCAGCUUUAACUGGCAGGAGACGUUCUCUUAUUCCUUCAACACGCUGCCCGACAGCAGGGGGCCGCAUCAUCCUGUAAGGGUUCCGUAAAUGCGGGACUUAUUUCAGCCGUUUCUUUUGCAGCAGGUGCGCAGGUGACCAGAAAUUCACCUCUGAGGCCAGAAAAUGCGUUGGCGAGAAGAAGAAGAAGUCAAUAAGAUGAAAAACAAUAAAAGGAAUAAGGAAACAAAAAGGAGAGAAAAAACGAAAAGAAUAAAUUGAGAGGAAGAAUAUAAUGAGUAGAAAAAAGUACGAGGAAAAUGAGAAGAAAAAGAAGAAGACGACGAGGAAAAUUGAUGGGACCCAGGGAGAAUACAAAGUAAAGAAGGCAAUAUUUAGAGAUAUAAUCCAAGUCUAGCAGAACCUCCGCUUAGUGGAGAAGAUUGAACCGUGUGCAAGUUGGUAUGGGUAGAUUUUAUUUGCGACAAACAGACCUUGAGUAAGAGAGAGAGAGAGGGAGAGAGAGAGAGAGAGGAGUUCGUUUUAUUUUGAAAGAAUAGAUUCAGAAUUUUCAGUAAAGGGCGAAAGGGGGGGCAUUCACUGUGGACAAAAUAUAGGUUAAGAAAUUCCUUAAGAGUCAGAAAGGUUUACACAGAAAGGAACAACUACUACGGGGACAUCUUGACUCUUAGUUUCUGCAUUUCAGUCUCUUCACAUGUGCCCGGGAUGGUAACACAGAACGCUGAUACGGCAAGGGAUAUGUCGAAAGCCACGGCGCAUGGGGUGUAAAGACUUCGCAGAUAUGAGUUCAGAAUGUAGGGGAUGGGCAACGUCAUCCAGAAUUCGACCAGCAACCUGCCUGACCGUUUUAAAAUGCCCUUUAAUGAUAAUAUUUACUAAAAAGGUAUAAGAAACACCGGCAGCAGAAGAGGGCAUUCGGAGGGCUUGUUUUAAGAUCAGCAUAGGUUUGUUGAGCAAAGCAGAAAAAGUGAGGGGUCACAAGGUAAGUAAUACUCAGGGGGUGUGGAGUGGAACGCCAAGGUGCGGGCUCAGCUGCGCCAUCCGCCUGCGCCCUCCCUCGUCUCCGAUCUUCUUGACUUUGUCUUGACACCGGGCACAGAUUGGAUAGGAGGAGAGAGCGCGGUAGGUGCUGCGCAAGUCUAAAUCCACUGUAAACUAAAUCCCCUGCUUUGCCUUGUUGUGAAACACACGGUGGUCAUAGCCAGCAACGACGGUCGAACUAUUCGUACGCAUGAAUUUCGAAAACACCGAGAAAAAAACGCUUGUGGACAGCGUUUCUAAUUUAUUGUUUCCGGAGAAUAAAUAUUACUGUUCGUCCGUUUUUAAAAUGGUCUUUUAUUCACUUUAUCCAAAGCGCUUGACGAAUCACGGAGCGCAGUGCUAGUGGUUGUAUUCUACAUCUCCCUGGGUUUCAAAUCUUCUCGAAAUCAUCUAACUGUUCCUAAAGAGAACGUUCGCAUAACCCUAACCAAAGAAGGAGCUCUUUCUUGGGCCAAAGGGACAAAGACGAAGCCGGAGAGUCCUGACUAAGGAUGAGUGUCUUACAUUUGUUAAACAGACCCCCACGUCGUCUCUUCAUGUGAGAGGACUUUGUGAGGGCCGUUGGCACGCAAGACUGAUGACAGAGUAACGACGUCACGCAAGCAGACAGCGGAGUGUUCAAACAGAAGUUCUCUUCUGUUCAGUCAUUCGUCUUGCCACCAGCGAAACCCCCCACGAAGACUUGACUAUAUACCAAAACGACAUAGAUAAAGCAUAAGAUCAGCUUUAGCUGGCAGGAGACGUUCUCUUAUUCCUUCCACAUGCUGCUCGACAGCAGGGGCCCGAAUCAUCCUGUUGGGGUUUCGUAAAUGCGGGGCUUAUUCCAACUGUUUCUUUUUCAGCAGGUGCGCAAGUGACCAGAAAAUCACCUCUGCGGCCAGAAAAUGCGUUGGCGAGAAGAAGAAGAAGAAGAAGAAGAAGAAGAAGAAGAAGAAGAAGAAGAAGAAGAAGAAGAAGAAGAAGAAGAAGAAGAAGAAGAAGCAGAAGCAGAAGAAGAAGAAGAAGAAGAAGAAGAAGAAGAAGAAGAAGAAGAAGAAAAAGAAGGGAUAUAUUGAUCGGAGAUCAGUUGACGUCUCUGCGGCAUCGAUUUCGGUUCUUGUCAGAGUACCCUGGUGA